AUGAAUAUUUAUGAAUGGCAGUCAAUUGACGAGGAUGCUUUUGGCGCUGACGGCGAUCACACAUCGUUGAACCUCAGCGGCCACUUCAGCAGCAGUGGGAGUACUUCAAUCAGUCGAACUCAUUGCGGCAGUAGUGAUGUUAGUGACGGGGUUUCUUCACACGAGAAGCUGUUGAGGGAGUUAACAAAGCUUCGCGACAGGCUGGAGGGCAAUAGUGAGCGAUACGCGUCCGUAAAUAACUUGUCACGGCUGCGGCAUCGCAUUGAGAAGGGGUUGCUUAUGGUUGAGGAGUUUUUGAAGGAGACACCCCAACAUCACGCCGAAAAUGCGCUGAAUAAUCCUGCCACUCAUCAGGUUGAUAUGCGUUAUCUUGAAACAUUGGUGACGGCACUGGAAAACGAACCGAAUGUGACGAAGGUAUGUGCUUCGUUUCGAGUCGCAGUAAGCAGUGGAGGGUGGGAAACGGUGCCUGUGGACCUUGUUUCGUGUGGUGGUUUGCGUUGGGUGAAGGUGCGAGCGGCCUCGACGUACAGUCUGCAGAAUGAGGCGAACAAAAGUGGGUGGGAAAACCCCAUUACUCGUCUGCUCUUGGCUGCGAAAGAGAGUAAACUUCCCUUCAUGCAAGUACCGGAAGUCGUUGUUUUAUUUAGCUGCAUUCCUCCAGCCACGAUGGCGGAUGCAGUUCGCAGCAUGGGCGCGCGCCCCGUUAGUAUUGCAGAGCUGAAAGUCAGAGCUGCUGGCGGACCCCUUCAAGCUCUGUGGAGGCGUGAUGAUUUUCUUCCACCACGUGUAUCGUUACCCAAGUAUGUAUGUUUUGACACAACGGCGUUAGUGGCUCUUUGUUCAGAGGCGUGUUUUGCGGAGUCGGUGGAGUCGAAUGUUGCAGCACUUCGUGGGUUUCGUGUCUUGGCAGAGCAACAGCGGCGCGACAAAAGCGAUCCGUGCGUGCGCUCACACAUCGAACCCAUCCUCAACCAAUACAGCCGCUGGCUCGAUGUACACGUCAUGGAGAAGGAGCUUCGGGGGCAUAUACAAAAGAACGGCCGGUGCUCCGUGGACAAUCCGUCUGUGGUUAGCGUUGAAGUUUCUUGGCUCCAAAAGCUGGUCGAUUUAACUGCUGAUGGGGAGUCACCUCGUGAGCCGUUGAGCGAAAGUGUGGUAGUUCGGAGGAUGCGCGAAGAUCAAGCAAAGAGACGGGAAAUAGGGGACCAGAACAACUGCCUCAAUUGGAUUGUUGCUGAUGUUACAUUGGCGGAGUUCCGGUGGAUCUUGGAGACCAUCGCUGGACCACGGGAGUUACGCCGCGCACUUUCGUUGUUGCAGUGCUGUUCUGUUGUUCAUGCGAGCAGUCAAUACGUAGAAUUGUGUGACUCCCCCAUUACUCACGUCUCGUUGUUGGCGUCAACGAGCAAAGUGUCGCAGCGCAAUUUGCUUGUGUUUGGGCUUGGUGAUGCCCUCAGGGCUAUUGUUAUCUCGUCCAACCGCCAGAUACUCAACGUGGCGCUCAAUCAAGGUGUGGAGUUGAUGGUGGCAACACACCCAGCCCGAGCUCUGAUUGAGCAAAAGGUGCGGGGCAUGUCUCGUCGGGAGGGACUUCUGGCGCCCCCGCCCAUUAGUACGGGUGUUAAUGUGUAG